AUGAAAAAAAUUUUUGAAGUGUAUGGUGAGAAGGCUGUGAGUGAACGAAGGACCCAGGAGUGGUUUGCUCUAUUCCGUUCCGGAAAUUUCGAUAUCAGAUAUGCACUUUGCUCUGGUCGACCAGUCACUGAAAAAGUCGAUGAAAUUUUGCAACUGGUGAAGCAAGACCGGCACGUAAGCUGUCAGGAAAUAACAGAGGUACUAAACAUCCACCACAUGACAGUUUGGAAUUAUUUGAAAAGAGCACGUUACAAAGAGAAGCUUAAUGUUUGGGUGCCACAUAAGUUGGAGUUGUGUUCUAUCGUGACAAUGCGCGGCCACAUAUCAUUGAUGACUUGGAACACAUUGACGGAUCUUGGUUGGGAAGUUUUGAUGCAUCCACCGAACCUUGCACCGUCUGACUACCAUUUUCUUCGGUCUCUGCAAAACUCUUUUGAUGGUAAAAAACUGGCCGACAGAAGAGCAGCUGAAGUUCUACACCGAUGGAAUUAUGAAGCUACCUGA